UCAUAUGCAUUGACGUUUUGAGUAAAGAUUAUUUUGUCGACGCUGACUGUAAAUAGUUUUUUUUAAUUAAUUAUAUACUGUAAUUGUGCCUUUUGCUUAGGAUUUUUCAUUUCGUUCUUUUCUUAAUUAUUCUGCAGAGCAGCAGUUGAGGAUAAAAGACAAAAUGAGUUCUGGUUUUAUAACAGAAACUGAAAUAGAAGCAGCCAAAAAGAAACGACAAGAAGAUUGGGAACGAGUUAGAAAAGCAGAUGAUCCCCUAGAGGCUCCAGAGCCGACAUACGAUUCAAGAAGUUUAUAUGAAAGACUUCAGGAACAAAAACAAAAGAGGGAUUUGGAAUAUGAGGAAGCUCAUAAACUAAAAAACAUGAUUAAAGGGCUGGAUGAUGAUGAAAUUGAGUUUCUUGAUUUAGUUGAUAAAACUAAAAUGGCUGUUGAUAGAAGAAAGAUGAUUGAAGAGGAAAAGGAAUUGAAUGAUUAUCGUAAUCGAGUGGCAAGUCUUAACGAAGAAAACGUAGAAAAAAAGAAACAAACUGACACAACAACCACUAAGUCAAAAACACAACCAUGUAACAGAACAUCACAAACAAAAUUGCUAAAAGGAGCUGUUGUAGCAAAAUCUUCUGCAGUUAAACAUAAGCUUAGUGAUAGUGAAUCUAAAGUAUCAAAUGCAGAUAUUGAUAUUAAGGAGGAAUCUGAAUGUAAAAAAAUUAAAAGUGAAUCUUCUGAAGAUAAAUCCUGUGAUAAUUCAGAUAAAAAUGUUGCAUCUUCAUUACACUCAUCAAGAAAAAGAAAGCUAAUAGCAAACAGCACAAAGAACUGUUUAAUUAAUAAAGCAAGUCAUGGACAUAACUCAGUCAUGAAAUGUAUUGGUGUUUUGCCAGGAAUGGGCUAUUACAGUGCUUCAUCUUCAGAAGAAAGUUCAGAUUCAGAUCAUGAAAUAAAAUUAACUGAUAUUAUACAUAAACCGGAAAAAAAGGAAAAAGAGCCACAGCAACAACAAUAGAUCUACCAAAAGGUAAUUGCUAUGGUAAAUAAUUGUACUGGUUAAUUUUUAUUGCCAUUGAUUCCCAUCCAAACUUACUUAAUAAAGUAAAUAUGUAAUAUAUUUUUAAUUGGCAAGAAUGUUUAAUGUUUAAUAAAAUUACCAAGAGACA